GCACAAUCCAUCUCGACCUACAUCUUGAUCUCAUCGCUGUCGUCUCGCUCGCGACUCGCAUUCACCAUCUUGACCUUUGCGCUCUUCUCAGAUCUACCAUCGAAUCAUGGCAGACCGCGCCUGUAACCGCUGUAUCGCAAAGAAGAGACGAUGCGACCAUGAACGCCCAGUGUGCGGAACUUGCAAGAAGCUCAAGCUCGAGGGAGAAUGUGUCUACCCCCCACCUCAGGCUAGGCGUGGUCCAGUCGCUGGCAUGUCACGACGCGCAGAACACCGCGCGCAGCAGUGUGAGAACGCGCUAUGGUUCCUACUCAAUCUUCCUGGCGUGCAAGAGGCAAUUGAGCGCGUCGACCCAGAAGUACUACGUCGCCCGUUCGUCGCGGCCCCUACAGCAAGUAUGGAGCGGGCAGCACGCAACGAAUGGUGGGGGGACCACACGAUGCGCCAGCCUGUUGAUGUUCUCAUGUUCCGUGACGCGUGCUGCGGGUUGCAGCGGACGCGGACGGUUACGAGCAAUGGUCACACAGAGGAAGCAAGCGAGGCAGCGGAACCGCACGACGCAGCGCCGAGCUAUGAUGGCGGUGGCAAUGGCGAUGGCGAGGACGAUGGAGACUACUAUGCGCGCCGUGACCCGCAGACGCAGAGCACGUCGCACAGCCCACCACAUGACGCGACCCAGCCUGAGCGUCGCCGCGAUGAGAUGCGCAACGCCAUGGGCCCCAGCCUCUGGCAGCUCGUCACCGCGGCUAUACCCGACGACGACGAGCCUGUACCGCGCCGAGAGGCUGAGCGCGAGUGGGCGCCGCCGAUGUGGACGGCUCCCCCGCCGCGAGAGGAUUACCCCGAAGGUCCGAAGCGCAAGCGUCGCACGGACCUCUUCUGGUAACCCCUUCGCGGCGAGUGAUGUGCGCGAGGGGGAAAUUGGGGCAGAUCGGAGGUGUGCAAUGUACAUUAACAAUGAAGAUGGCAUGUAGCAUAGGAGAUGCACUGUUGUCGAGUG